CAGAGCUAGCAGCAGCAGCAGCAGCUGCUGCUGCAGCAGGGGAGGGCGCUGCGGGGGGAGUCCUCACAGAAAGGGGGCCCCCAGAAGCCACGGGUGAAGGGGGGCCCCCUGCUGCGGGUUUUGCUGCUGCUGCGGAAGCGCCGCAGGGCCACGGGCCCGCAGCUUCCCGUGGGGGCCCCCAAAGUGCGCUGCAGACGAUUCUAGGCAGCAGCAGCAGCAGCAGCAGCAGCAGCAGCGUUGGCGAUCCAGGGCAGUCCGCUGGGGGUAGCCGAGAGGCGGGGACUAGCGGGUAUUCGACUGCGGAGGGGAGCAGCAGCAGGGUGGAAGGGAGCAGCAGCAGCAGCAGCAGCAGCAGCGGGAUGGACGCGAGCCCGAGCCCGAGCUCGAGCAGCAGCAGCGGCAGCAGCAGCAGCAGGAGCUUCGCGCUGAGCUCAGUGGACCCCGUAGGGGCUGCGGUUGCUGCUGCAUCCGGAGCCGCAGGUCCUGCUGCAGCAGCUGCAGCGCGGGGCGCGCGCGCAGCAGCAGCAGCGGCGGGAGAGGAGGAGAGCAGCAGCGGGAGCAGCAGCGAAGGCGCAGCAGCAGCGGCGCUGCUGCUGCAGCCCGCUGCUGCGCUGCGCAGCAGCCCCACUCUGGGGCUGCAUGCGUCCAGUGUUGUGGUGCCGCUGGAAAGAGCAGCAGCUUUGCUGCGGCGCAGCCAAAGGGCCCUCGCCAAAGACAUUUCGGUGGUUUUGGCUUUCAUUAAAAAGAAGCUGCAGCAGCAGCUGCUUGCUGCUCACUCGCCGCAGUACCAGCUCGACAGACUCGACCUCGUCGUCGAAAAAGUCAAAAACAUCAAACGCAGGACAGAAAAAGCAGCAGCAGAAGCCACGGGAGAGCUCGAGAGGUGCAGCAGAAGGCUGAAGGUUUUGGCUGAAGAGCCUGACUUGCAGGAGGCGCAGCUGCGGCCUUCGCACUUCGCGCUGCACAUCAACUGCGCACUUUUGGAGUACUUAAGUAGAAGUGGUUUCAAAUCGACAGCUUCCAAAACUGCGCAGCUGCUCGGCCUCCAGGUGUACAGACAA